GAUAGUGUCGAACCAGAACUCUCCAAACGCUCAGCGAUGAUUAUAAGAACAAGAGAGAAAUCACGUAUUUCCUUUGAAUGGUUUUGAUCCGAAGCGAUAGGAAGAGGAUCAGAGAUAAGGAGGAAGCCAUGGAGUGGAGAUUCUCUCAAGUGUUCGGCGAACGGACGCCCGGGGAGGAAAUUGAAGACGUUGAUAUAAUCUCUGCAAUCGAGUUUGACAAGUGUGGAAAGUAUAUUGCAACUGGAGAUCAUGGCGGUCGCGUUGUUCUCUUUAAAAGGACAAAUGCGAAAGAUUUUAAUGAUGAGAAACAGGUAUUUUCUCGGAAAAUGCUGGAACACAUGGAUUAUCAUGUUGCAGAGCCCCCCAAGUAUUCCUAUAUAACUGAAUUUCAAAGCCAUGAACCAGACUUUGAUUACCUGAAGAGCUUGGAAAUUCAGGAAAAGAUCACCAAGCUGAGAUGGUGUACCUCAUCCAACGAUUCUCUGUUCAUUCUUUCCACCAAUGAUAGGACAAUCAAGUUAUGGAAGGUUUCUGAUUGUAAAGUAAAGAAAAUGAAGGAGGCGGACCACCUCAGCCAGCAUGUGUCAUCAGAAAAUUCACUCUUGGCUGAACAGAGCUUUACUGCUGACCCAAAUAAUAUGACCAUCAGUAAUGGUUAUCGUCUUGAGUGGAUAAAUAAGAAGCCAGAUUAUGCUUCUCCAUCAUUUCGAGAAAAUUGGAACACGAUUCUCAAUGACUUAGAAACUUCUACUGCAAGAUGUCGAAGGGUAUUUUCCCAUGCUCAUGAUUUUAAUAUCAAUUCAAUAUCCACUAACAGUGAUGCUGAGACAUUCAUUUCAGCUGAUGACCUUCGUAUAAAUUUAUGGAACCUGGAAAUCACCAAUCAAUGUUUUAACAUCCUGGAUAUGAAGCCUUUUGACAUGGAGGAUCUCGUAGAGGUGAUAACCUCAGCUGAGUUCCAUCCAUCGCAUUGCAAUUUGCUAGCUUACAGUAGCUCAAGAGGCUUCCUCAGGCUGGUAGACAUGAGAAGGUCAGCACUAUGCGACCAAAAUGCAAGAAUAUUGCAAGAUCGUGAAGCCCAUGGAUCUAGAUCUUUCUUUACAGAAAUAGUUGCUUCAAUCUCUGACAUAAAGUUUGCUAAAGAUGGAAGGCAUAUAUUAAGUCGUGACUAUAUGAACCUUAAGUUAUGGGACUUACACAUGGAAAGUGCUCCUAUUGCAACUUUUAAGAUGCAUGAGCAUCUUCGUCCUAAGCUAUCUGAGCUAUAUACUAGUGAUUCCAUUUUUGACAAAUUUAACUGCUGCCUUUCCAUGGAUGGGCGUCACUUUGCCAGUGGAACUUAUGGCAAUACUUUCAGAGUAUUCUCUCUUGAUGGUGGCCAUGAUGAUGGACUGACAUUGAAAGCUAGCAAAACCCCAAACAGGGCUUCACAUCUUCAAGCUGCUCCGAAAGCUAAAAGUUUGCUGGCCAGUUUAGCACGGACACAAAACAGAAGAGAAAGUGACAGUAUUUUCUCUGGGAAGGGGAUUUCUUCUGACUUUCAGUCUAAAAUCAUCCAUUUGGCAUGGCAUCCCAUAGAGAACCUAAUUGCAUGUGCUGCUGCAAAUAGCUUGUACACAUUCCAGGCAUGACACGGCAUUGUCCUUUAGCUGCUUCUGGCAUGCCAUGGUUCUCUUGGUGGACUGUCCUGUGUCACUGAUAUUUGGGCCAGCUCCGACUAACAACUAAAUCAGCACAGUACGGAGAGGACCUGUAUCAGGAAGCAGUUUCUAUAGGAAAUGGUUCUGAUUAACACCGGAGGUGUUGUAGGUCUGGUUGUGAACUUAAUCGAUUGUGAGAAGGUGGUACACAGGAUGGCGCAUGUCAGUUUGAUUCUUCUUGUUGUAUCACAGCUUUGAUACUUUGGCGCAACAGCUUACGGAAGGUACCUGAAGAGAUGUAUGUCUCAUAGUUGAAGAUCAUUUUAUAACUGGUUUUGGAAAAUUAGUCUAUACUCACUCCAUCAUUGACACAUCAGCAACUCAAGAGUCGGAAUCAAUUUUUGUUUUGUACAAAACUAGAGUGGGAUAAUUCUUCCGUUUGGCCAAUAAUACUGACAUUGUCCAGAUGCCAUCCACUGAUUUGUUU